AAAAUUUGGCCAAAUCGCGCAAUAAAAACCAAACCAAACCAAAAAAAAAGCCCAUUCCAGUUCCCACAAGCUAUUCCUUAACCACAUCGGUAUCAUCGUCUUCGCUCACACAGUCUCUCUCUCUCUCUCUCUCUCUCUCUCUCACAGACCAGACUUGAAUAUCGCCAUGCAAGCGCUUCAAUCUCCAACCCUCCGUUCUUCCCCAUUAGACCCGCUUCGCAAACGGACCCAUUUCCCACAUGUCACUUGCAGACCCGCUUCCAAGAAGGUCUCCUUCAUCUGCGCAGCUUCGACUACUCCCACUGUCUCUGCUCCCAAGCGCCAGAAGGACCCCAAAAAGCGCGUCGUGAUUACCGGCAUGGGUCUUGUCUCUGUUUUCGGCAACGACGUUGAUACUUACUACGACAAGCUUCUAUCUGGUGAGAGUGGGAUCGACCUCAUUGAUCGUUUUGAUGCAUCCAAGUUUCCCACCCGUUUCGGCGGCCAGAUCCGUGGGUUUAGCUCCCAGGGUUACAUUGAUGGCAAGAACGAUCGCCGUCUCGACAAUUGCCUUCGCUACUGCAUUGUUGCUGGGAAGAAGGCUCUCGAGGAUGCUGAUCUUGGUGGUGAUAAACUCUCCAAGAUUGACAAGGAGCGUGCUGGUGUGCUUGUUGGAACUGGGAUGGGUGGUCUUACUGUCUUUUCCGAUGGUGUUCAGGCACUGAUAGAAAAAGGCCACAGGAAAAUUACUCCAUUUUUCAUUCCUUAUGCGAUUACAAACAUGGGAUCUGCCUUGCUUGCCAUUGAUCUAGGUUUGAUGGGUCCGAAUUAUUCAAUUUCCACUGCCUGUGCUACUUCGAAUUACUGUUUCUAUGCUGCCGCAAAUCACAUUCGUCGAGGCGAGGCUGAUAUGAUGCUUGCUGGUGGAACUGAAGCUGCCAUCAUUCCCAUUGGUUUGGGAGGUUUUGUUGCGUGUAGGGCCUUGUCUCAGAGAAAUGAUGAUCCAAAAACUGCUUCAAGGCCAUGGGACAAAGAUAGAGAUGGCUUUGUUAUGGGUGAGGGUGCUGGAGUAUUGGUAAUGGAGAGCUUGGAACACGCAAUGAAGCGAGGUGCACCAAUUAUUGCAGAGUAUUUGGGAGGUGCUGUUAACUGUGAUGCUCAUCAUAUGACCGAUCCGAGAGCUGAUGGACUUGGUGUGUCUUCUUGCAUAGAAAGUAGCCUGGAAGAUGCUGGUGUAUCACCUGAGGAGGUUAACUACAUAAAUGCACAUGCAACAUCCACUCUGGCUGGUGACCUGGCUGAGAUAAAUGCCAUAAAAAAGGUUUUCAAGAACACUUCAGAAAUUAAGAUUAAUGCAACUAAGUCUAUGAUAGGGCACUGCCUUGGUGCUGCUGGAGGAUUGGAAGCCAUUGCCACUGUGAAAGCCAUAACAACGGGAUGGCUGCAUCCUACGAUAAACCAAUUUAAUCCAGAGCCUGCAGUUGACUUUGACACUGUUGCAAAUGAAAAGAGGCAACAUGAGGUGAAUGUUGCCAUAUCAAAUUCAUUUGGAUUUGGUGGACACAACUCGGUCGUGGCAUUUUCUGCAUUCAAGCCCUGAUUAACCAGCUUGCUUGCAUAUUUUUGUAGAAGAGUCAUGCUUAUUCGAGAGUAGGUUUUCUUUGGUCGUUGAGCUGCUUCAUCUAAUUAACUUUAGAAGACCGUGCAAUUCAUUUCGAGUCAUUUGUUGUUGGUAUGUAAUAAUUUAAGUUGGAGUUCUAUUUAACAGUCCUUAUUUUUAUUUUCGUUUUCUCUAGUUUUGAACAAUCAGAAUCUGUGGGGUUGGUGUGGCUGGCAUUUUUUUUUUCCUUUUUAUAUUUUUGUUUCAGGUUAUGAAUUAUAAAGGUAGAUCGAAAAUUGUGUUGGGAAGCCAUUUUUUCUGAGCAAGUUCAAGGCUUUUUAUUACUUGCUAUUUGGUGCUUCAACUUGGAAAGCCCAUAAAAUGGGUAAAAUUGGAAGUGCCAUUUGUGCUUGUAACUUACAAAUCAAUUCAAGAUCCAAGUAUGAGGAUAUUAUAUUUAAAAGUGCAAAUGGAUGGUUUUUAAGCCCUCUUGUAAUA